CCUCAUGUUACCCCUAAACUUCAGUCCCUUAAUUCUCAAGUCGUGUCCCCUUGUUUGAAUCUUCCCUAAUCUCAGUGGGAAAAGCUUUUCCACGUCAACUCUGUCUAUCCCUCUCAUCAUUUAAAAAACCUCUAUCAAGUCCCCCCUUAACCUUCUGCGCUCCAGAGAAUAAAGACCUAACUUAUUCAACCUAUCUCUGUAACUUAGUUGUUGAAACCCAGGCAACAUUCUAGUUAAUCUCCUCUGUACUCUCUCUAUUUUGUUGACAUCCUUCCUAUAAUUAGGCGAUCAAAAUUGUACACCAUACUCCAGAAUUGGCCUCACCAAUGCCUUGUACAAUUUUAACAUUACAUCCCAACUUCUAUACUCAAUGCUCUGAUUUAUAAAGGCCAGCACACCAAAAGCUUUCUUUGCCACCCUAUCAACAUGAGAUUCCACUUUCAGGGAACAGUGCACAGUUAUUCCCAGAUCCCUCUGUUCACCUACAUUCUUCAAUUCCCUACCAUUUACCAUGUAAUCCAGCACCAGUACUUUCAAGUCCCUUUGCAUUUCUAAUUUCUGACUCCUCUCCCUAUGUAGAAAACUGUCAACACCUUUAUUCCUUCUACGAAACUGCUUGAUCGUACAAUUUGUUAUGUUGUGUGCCAUCUAUCACUUCUUUGCCCACUCUCCCAACCUUUCCAAGUCAUUCAAUAUGGAAUAUUUGGAUAUGGGAUGAGUAUUCAUUUCAAGAUGAGAAUAUAAAAGCAAGGAUGCAAUGCUGAUGGUUUACAAUGUGCUGCCGGGGCUAUAUUUGGAAUAUUGUUGGAUAUGGGGAGCAAGCAGGAACGGGGUAGUGAUUUUGGAUGUUCAGCCAUGAUCAUAUUGAAUGGUGGUGCUGGCUCGAAGGCCGGAAUGGCCUACUCCUGCACCUGUUUCUUGUGUUCUGCAGAGUCCCUGCUUCCCCAACACUACGUGCUCCUCCACCUUUGUGGCCAAGUAUCAUCUGCAAACUUGACUGCAAGGCCAUCAAUUCCAUCAUCCAGAUCAUUAACCUGUAACAUGAACAGUAACGGACCCAACACCGACCCCUGCAGAACACCACUAGUCACCGGCAACCAAAAUGGACCGUUUAUUCCAACUGCUUCUGCCAGUCAGCCAAUAUUCUAUCCAUGCUAGUACCUUGCCUCUAAUAUCACGGCCUCUAAACAUAUCUCGUUGAGCAGCCCCACAGGCAGUGCUUUAUCAAAGGCCUUCUGAAAAUCCAAAUAAACAACAUCUGCUUUCACUUCCUCAAACCAUGCUGCAUUAGAACAUUUUGCAACCAAAGGAAAUGUGUUCACACCAAGACCGAUGGAAAUUAUAAAAUCAAAUACUAUUUAAGGUCAAGCAUGAUAUUGGGCAAUUGGGCAGGAGAUGUGAGGGCCUUUGACAAGUUCUUGCAGUAGAACAUGGGUCUCUGUUAUGGGCAGUAACUGGGCAGCACAGUGGUGCAGCUGCUGCCUCACUCACUGAUCUAGCAAGCUAAGUUCAGUUCUGAUCUUGGGUUCUGUCUGUGACCAUGUGGGAUUCUUCCAGGUGUUCCACAGAAACAGAAAAAUAGGUGCAGGAGUAGGUCAUUCGGCCCUUCCAGCCAUUCAAUAUUAUCAAAAGUCAGUACUCCGUUCCUGCUUUUUCACCAUAUCCCUUGAUUCCUUUAACCCUAAAAGCUAAAUCUAACUCUUGAAAACAUCCACUGUAUUGGCCUCUACUGCCUUCUGUGGCAGAGAAUUCCGCUGCCCUCCAACACCCCAAGGAUAUGCAGAUUGUUAGGAUAGAUGCUGUGAAUUGCCCCUCGUGUGUGAAUGUGGAAGAAUCGGGCAGAGUUUAUGGGAAUGUGGAGAGGAUAAAAUGAGUAAUAUUAAUAUAAGAAUGGGUGAAUGAUGGUUCAGACUCAGUGGGUCAAAGACAUUCCAUGCUGCAUCUCAAUGGGUGAAGGGAAAAUAACGUGAGCUGCAGUUAAAAACACUACAAAUAAUAGAAAAUACAUUUAAAAAUCUUGGAAAUACUCAGUGGGUCAAGUAGGAUCUGUGGAGAGAUUAUAAAAAGUUCAUAUUUCAGAUUGCUUCUGUGUACUGGCGAAGAAAGAACGUUUUAAGUUGUCGGGAAGGGUGGAGAGCGGUGGUGGUGAUGUUGGUAGAGACUCAAUGGAUGAUCCUGAGCAACGAGUCACCGCAGGAAAGGAUGGGGGGCGUCGGUCCACACAAGCUGUUAUAUACCUCCGUUCUUGCGCCCUCCAUAAUUAAAUAACGAUAUUUUAUGUGGAGUACUGUUGUCGGAUCUGCAGCCUUACGAGAGGGCGGGUCUCGCCUCAACAACUUGUGGUUUUUGGUUGAGGCUUGCAUUUAUGAUGUGAGCUUAAGUGUUACAAAGCACGCCCAAAACAGUGAGUGUUGCAAUUAAAGUAAACGUGCCAACAAUUAGCACAGGGUACGUCACUGGCGUUGUCGGCAUCAAGUCUCCUCUAGUAUCUUUGGUCGACAUAUGAUGCAACACUUGUGCGAGACUGAUUGCGUUCACACUCUCUCCCUGGCCUCCAAUCUAAAUUGAGUCGCUUAUCCUGCUCUUGUCACUCGCCAGCUUCGAAGCGCCCCAGCCCUCAGAUUAAAAAUAAACACGUUGAGUCACGCUCCGAAAAAGCGGCAAGUGUGGAAGAUUGUGCAUUGUACGAGCGAGGGUGGGGAGUGGCUACUCCAUAGUAAAUUAAACUGGAGAAUUGUAGUGAAAUUAAACUUCAAAACGUGCAGAAAGGAAACAAAAAAGUAAUGUAGUGGCUGGGGAGCCCGGGCAAAUGCAACCCUUUAUCUACUUCUCCCAGGCAUUGUAAUGACCCACAUCUGAGAACAGGUCUUAGCUGCCCAGCUCCGCGACCCCGUUGUUCCAAUUCCGAACUGUCGGCUGUUGUUUUUUAAAAGCGCUGCCGCCACCAGCAAAGAUCCUAUGCGGAGGGAGAGGGGAUGAGCACCACGCCGAGUACAGACUCCAGGAAAAGCAGCUAUGGGGACAGCUUGCGAGAUGAGACGUCACCUCAAGAAAAUGGAGAUGACCAGAGUCGCAAAACUUCUGCAGAGGAGGCUGAUACGGGUCUUCAGUACCACCACAGGUUCUGGUAUGUCGCUAAAAAGGUGAUAAUAAUGUGCCGGAUUUGCAUGCGCCUGCGUGUGUCAUCCAAAUCAUUCAUGGAGGUUUGGGCAACGUUGACAAAGUACGGCAGCAAGUCGCAGACUGAAGAGGAACAGAGAGAAAGCAGCAAAGCUGCGUUUGAUUUUCAAUACUUCAAGACACGGCAUAAUAACCUUUCCAAUAGAGAGAUUCAGAUCACCAUGAAACUACCCGAGCAGCGGACAAUGCACGAUCUGGAAUUGCUUACAGUUGUCAUGAGAUCUUUGCUGAGCUUCAGACACUACAGAAAAUCCUACCAGCUUUUGCUGGCAAAAAUAAUGAGAUACGAACGGUUCAGGAGGAGGAGGGUGAUAAUAAGGAAGGGUGAUCCAGCACACAGUUUCUACUUCAUAUACUCUGGAGGUGUCAGCUUCUCCACAGACCUAGAUGGGAGCAGUGCUUUUAAAGAGGAACAGCAAGCUGACUUGCGGAAAGGUGCCAGGUUUGGAGAGAUUCCCGUGCUGAAGCGGCUGCGAAGGAACUUCACUGCAGUUUGCGUGGAGGACACUGAGCUGCUGGUUGUUGACAGAGAGGAUUUCUUUGCAAAUAAACUUGACGAGGUGUUAGUGGAUGAAGCACACCAUCGCUUUGUUUUUUUCAGAUCACUCAACCUUCUACAGUCAUUGCCUGACAGUUCCAUCGAGAUCCUAUCUGACUACUCCACAACCGAAGAGUUCCUCUAUGGCCAGGUCAUUCCACACAAUAUAGACAACUUGAUUUUCGUCACCAAGGGUCGCUUUGUGAUACUGCGACUGGUGAAUCUCGCUCGCUGUCAUUCCUACCACACGCUGAUUGCCCAGGAGCUGCCCUUCAUCAAAAACAUUGACCAAGAAAAAGAGUCGAUCAGUACUUUUAAAGUCGACAAAAGUUUGCUGAACUUGACAAGUCGAAGAGCUUCACUGUAUCAGCAACAGAAAUUCACGACUGGAAUGUCAAAAUUGAAAGGGAAGAAAUUGAAUACGUCUGAGUCUUUUACCCGGUACCGUCCAAGCGUGAACAAGGGAGAUCUUGACAUUUCUCGUCUUAGCUCUAUGACUAUACUACCAAGCCCUGCCGAUUCACAGCAGUAUCUGAACAUAAUAUCAGACGCGUGGAAAAUGCAAAAAACGGGCAGUACUACCAGUGUAGCCUCCGAUGACUAUUCCUUGGCUUCAGGUAAACGGCCAAAGCAACAUUCCGCCAGCAGUCGCGCACAGAUUACCAAAGCCCUGGCUGUCGCCGUCUUCAUGCAGAUCGAUUCAAUUCUACCAGGAGAGGUUUUUGGUCUGCGGCAGUUCUUUCUGCCCAGUAACCUUCACGAUAGACGGCCCUUCAGUCUCAAGAGCGUCGGCACGAAGAUUGUGAGGAUUGAUAUGGAGACCUUUGCUGAAAUAGCUGACCCCAAAACACUGCAAAAGGUCAGAUUGCUGCAGUCUGUGUACCCAAGCGAUGACAAGCUCUGCGAGCUCUUCAUCAGCAAUAAUUUCUGGAAGAUCUUUAAGAAGGAUAUGAUCGCCAAGAGCACCCGUGGCACAAAAGCAGAGAAAGCUAAAAUGUCAGUUCAAGGGGAGAGUGUGUACGAGAUUGACAGGACUGGGAUCCUGAACCUUCCUGAUAUUGCUAGCAAUCCCCAUACUAUUUUUUCAAAACCUUCGUACUACAUUACUCCUGUUCUGAGGAUCAAGAAAGGUGAAGACUUCAAAUUACCAGAAGUAGAUCUCCAAUUGAUACACGGAAUAGAAAAGAUUCCAUCCAAUUUAAAGCAUGUGUUGUUCUGAAUUGGUCCCUGGUGUUCUUGCUCAUUGUCUGGCUUCCUUCAACGUAGAAUAUUUCAGAUUGUUGCCAUUACUUGUUUAAACCUUUCCAAUUUCAGUUUAUUUCUCCCCCAACACUUUGUUCACCAUGGGAUCAUGCACUGGGGUUUUUCUCAUAUACUUUGUUCUUUCAUAUAUUUGGCCCCUGUUAUGCACAACACUUUUACAAUUAUCAAGGAACAACUGCAAUCAUAUAGAGACCACUGUUACAAAGGUCUAACAUUAAAAUCCAAAGCCAUUUAAACCUACUGCCAUAAAGACAGUGCCUAGGAACCAAGCUAGUAAAAUACAAGCUUACAGCCAACAUGUUAACACCUAAUAAUUUAGUUGCAAUGUUUUAAAAAUGCAACAUUAGAGUCCCAUUAUCAGGUCUAUGUAAUGCAAUAUCGGUCUGAUAAUACCAGACCCAAUGAUUCACACUCAAUGCAAAGGUCCAAUACCUUACGCUUGAAUGGUAUGAGAUCCAAUGAUAUAGAGCCCAAUAUCAUAAAUCAUGGACUACACCAUGAGACAAAUUCCAUAGACCCAAUCAUAUACACUCCCUGGUUUAAGAUCCAAUUCAUUUAGACCCAAUAAUAUAGACUCUGUGCAAUAAUAAUAAUACAAUGCCACAAGUCAAUAUGCCUUAAAAUCCAAUCAUAAGACCCAAUGUUUUAAAGGUGCAGUGUCAUAAUGCCAAAGAUCACAACAUGUGAAUACUUGAUCCAAUACCACUGCCCUAAUGCAGAAUAAUUAAAUGCUAUGGAAAUACCAUAUGCUCCAAUGCCAUCAAAGCUCAGCAUCAGAUGAUCCAGUUCCACGAGGUCAAAUCCAAGAAAUCUAAAUAUUGUAAAAGAUGAAUUAGGGAUCACCAUCAUCACACUGGAAUCAACCAAAGGCACGCUUCUUCUUUGUGGUGCCAAAACAAGCAAUCUGGAAAAUGCCUUACAAUAAAACAGAAUAGCAACCCUUUCCUGGGAUUACCAUACAUUUUGCAGGUGUUUAAUUGAAGCUUGAACCUGCUCCUGGUCAGAUUCCAGCGGGUUUGUUGAAUAUCACCAAAUAAAGAAUUUGCCUCAAAAACUACUGUAACAUUGGCAAUGUUCAAUAAACAUUAAAAAUGCAUCUGAUUCAAGUAGUUGUCAGUCAUUUGUGACAGGAAGAUUAUUGGCCCUAGGUGAAUCAUGGAAGUAGUUGGCAAGAGCACCUGCAUGCAGUUGCAACAGCACAACUACAUCUGUACCAUUGAACACAGGCAUAGGUAUUGGUUUAUUAUUGUCAUGUGUACUGAAAUAUACAAAAAAACUUGCUUGUGUUCGAUCCAGUCAAAUCAUACUAUCCAUGAAUGCAAUCAAGCCAUAACAGGUACAACAUAGUGCAAAUAGAUUUUUUUUUAAACAGAGUGCAGAAUAUAGUUCUACAGCAUCUGAAAUAAGCUUUGCAAAUGAAAGACAGAUGAGAAAUUAGGGGUGAAAUCAGGCCCCACAAGCCUGCCCCAUCAUUCAACAUGGCCAGAACUGAUCAACCACGAUCCUCAACUCCUCCUUUGUACCAGAUCCCACAUGUCUCAAUACCCCAAACUUUAAAUAUCUUUUGGCCUCCACUUUAAAUAGUUCUAAUAAUCUGGCCUCUACAACUCUCUGGGGCAGAGAAUUCCAAAGAUUCACCACCCUCUGUAAGAAUAAAUUUUGAGAAGCCUGGGUUUGUAAUGACCAGCUUCUUAGUUUGUUAUUAUGUUAUCUUGUUUGUGACCCUCCCAUCAGUGAAUAUCUCAACAAUUUGCCCAUAACAUCUUACACGCUUCAAUGACAUCAUCCCUCAUUCUUCUGAAGUCUAAAGAAUAUGACCCAACCUAUUGAGUGGACGACCCUCUCAUCCCAAGAACUAGCCUGGUGAAUCUCCUGUGGAUUGUCUCUGUUGGAGGGAUUUUGUAUGUUUGCCACCUCAGGAUCUCUUGUUUAGACGGAGAUGUCACACAAAGGAAAACCUGUCCAGCUGUAGUGAGGUUCUCAAACAAGUCCAUGAGUUUGGGCUUGCUGACAGGAUACACUGGGAAACACAUAGAAUGAGGACUCAAAAGCCCCUUAGAGAAUUUAGAGUAAGUGACAAAAAUUGGUAUAUGUAGAUUCUACAGGUUCGCAAUAUAACAUCAAGCUCCUGUAUUUCUUAAUUGGGAAUUGUGCUCAAUAUUUAUUGAUCUGUAUAUGGCAGUUCCCUCCUUAUAUGCAACAACUCCUCCGUUGGCCACAAGUGUGUACGGAAAGCUUUGUAGGCCUGUUUUCCUGGCAUUAUCUCUUCGCCUAUCCUCCGACCUUGCUUUGCUGUGCACAAUCCUAUGUUUUAUAUCCCACGCAUACCUAUCUUUGUUGUAAUUAACUGUCUCGCAGUCUUAAAUACUUCCCUUCUUGAACUAAUGUACUGCCUUUUCUAACUUGACCUUAAAUUACCUUCACUAGUUUGGCUAAAUUUUACACAAACUUUUCCAGUCCGUAUGGUGUUUAGUUUCAUUAUAUUGCAAACGUUCCCCAUUUUCUUCUGAUUCCUGGAGAUUUAUUCUUUACCUGCAAUGCUACUCUAACCCUACUUAGUAAAGUGACCAAAGCUGUGCACUGUAUUCCAGAGUGGCCUCACGAGCUCCCUGUAUAAUUCUAAUAAGACCUCCAAAUUAUGGAGCUAUACAAGAUGCUGGAAUAUUGGAAGAACUCAGCAGGCCAGGCAAGGAAGUGGACAGAUAAUGU